AUGGACCCGAGCAUCGAUAUCGCCGAGACGGCUACUUGCACCACUUGUCGAUUCGUCGAGGAUAAAUCGAAUUACUGGACAGCCGUUCUGUAUUUCAAAGCCCGAAACGGAACUUUCAUUCGUGUCCCUCAAAUGGCCAACCAUAACACAGGCCCUGGGAUCGCAGCAGGUGGCAUGACUGUUUACUACUUCCAACCCAACCCGCCUACCAAGGACCUUAAGGUCACGGCCUUUGCUAAGGGUUUCCGAAUGAUAGUCGGCCACCCUCUGCGUCGUGCAGACGAUAUCGACCCGACCGACCCAGGUUACAGGGCCACCUCAUUCCGUUGCUUUAAGAAGAACGACCCCGGAAACUCCGGAACUCCUGGCUACCCUGGGGAUACCUUCCACCUCCCGAACGAGCCUUGCGAAGAGGGUAUUCGUUCGAACAUCUAUUUCCCCCAAUGCUGGGACGGAGUCAAUCUCGACACACCCGACCACUCGAGCCACGUUGCUCACCCAGUUGGAACCAUCAGCCCCGAAGGAUUGCAAUUCUUCGGAACUGAUUGCCCCGCCUCACACCCCGUCAGGCUUCCCCUUCUCUUCAUCGAGAUUAACUGGGACACUCGUGCCUUCAAUGACCUCUCCCUUUGGCCGGAGGAUGGUAGCCAGCCAUUCGUGUUCAGCAUGGGUGACCCCACUGGCUACGGGCAGCACGCCGAUUACGUCUUCGGAUGGGAAGGCGACUCCCUCCAGCGAGCCAUGGACGUCUGCACUGGAUUCGACGGUAUCCCGACCAACUGCCCUGUUCUCACAGUCCAAGAUACCGACAGCAUGAACAAAUGCCGACAAGCCAACAAGGUCGAAGAGGUUGUCGAGGACGCUUAUCUCAACGAACUUCCGGGAUGCAAUCCCAUCCAGGAGGGACCACAAUCAGCCACGAUGCCCGCCAGCUGCGGCGCCUUGUCGACAUGGGUUGCAGCCCCAUCGCCGACUACUCCCCCUGCCGUCGUCACUCCCCCUUGGCCUGUCUGCCACGAUGGCCCAGGAACUCACCCCUUGGCCCCGAACUGUGAUUCCAUCCCCACCAAGGCUCCAGGUGACGCACCGACUGAAGUCCCAGCCGCCAUUAUCACUCCCGUUUAA